UCUAUAAUACGCUCUUAUGCCCAGAUCAAAUUAUUUGUGUAAGCUUUUUAUUUAGCAUCAAAAGCGAUUAGUUUUGACCUCAUAAGUUGUUUUCAAGAUGAGUCAGGCACCUGUUGGUCCACCACAUCACAAUGAUCAGCCAAAUAUCCCUGUGGCUGCUCCACUUCCACCCUCCAACCUCACUAAUGUUCAGAAGUUUGAGUGGUCUUAUAAAGAAGCAUAUGCCAGAGUAGAUGCUGGUAUUACUCUUAUUACUGAAAAUAAACAUGCUCAGGCCAAUCCUAUUCUUCAAGAAGGCUUGUCUCUUCUUGACCAAGCCAUUGACGUGAGCGUUGCUAGUCUGGGGGUAGACGAUGACUUGGCUCGACACUACACAGAGAUGCAGAACAAAAUGCGACGUACCAGGAAGGAAGUACUGGAACAUUUUGCCACUAGCCAGCUGUUCUCUGGAGCCGUCAGUCAGGCAGGGUAUCCAGCUGUUCCUCAGAACCCACCAUCUUAUCAAGAUGCAAUUGAUGAGGUUCGUUACCCACAGUUACCUGGGGAAGAAACCACCCCUCGCAUUACCCUACCCACCACUCCCACUGCCCCCUGCCAGUUCUCCCUGGAAGUAGGCAACCACAACACCCCAGGCGUUAGUCCCCUUGUCACCCCCAUCAUGUCCCCUCAGGAGGGCACGCUGCUCUUCAAGAUUGACGAAGGCGUUCAGAUAUUCUUCAUUUAUCCCGACGGGCGCGUGACCAGCCCGUCAUACCCUUCCUUCCUAGAGAUUGUCACCUUGCACCAGCCGCUGUGCGUGGGCAGUGAGGGGAGCAUGGCGGGGGGGUUCCUACAGGUGGGGGAGUGGAGCUACCCCCUCGUGAAGGCCACUUCCCCCGUCCUGCACUCCUCCUACGGCGCCUACAUGUUCCCUGACUUCAGCAACCCCGUGCCUGGCAGCCAUGUUGGCAUCAUCAUCCCGGACUCGGUGACGGCAGACGAGCGCGAGCUGUUCGAGGGCAUCCUGCACCAGAUGACAUCCUACCACGAGCAGACGCAGCACAAAACUGGGGAGGCAGGGGCGGCAGCACAGGCCGCCUCCACGCCCUCCACCAGCGAGCGCAUCGCUGCGGGGCUCGUGGCAGCGCCCAAGUGUGAACAACAGGAUUCAUGUGACGCUGAAGAACAGGAUUCAUGUGACGCUGAACAACAGGAUUCAUGUGACGCUGAACAACAGGAUUCAUGUGACGCUGAAGAACAGGAUUCGUGCGACGGUAACUACGACGCAGUCAUGGACGAGGGGGCGGAGCGCGUGUCUAGCUCGCUGGUGUGGGGUGCCAACAAGAUGAGCGAGUUGCUGGCUCAAGGGUCGGAGCGUCUGCAGCAGAGCAGCCCUGGCGUGGGUACGGAGCCUGGGGCUGCCCCCACCAAGAUAGACCCCAAGCUCCAGACCACCGCUAAGGCUGCCAGGGUCGUCAGCGGCAAGGCAGUACAAGUUAGCAGCUAUAUUUUGGGUCAGGUGGGGAAGGCGUCGGUGGGGCUGGGCAGAAGGCUGGCGCCCCACGUACAGCACCACGGCACCCGCGUCUACACCAGCCUCACCGGGCAGUCGACGGAGCACAGCAGCGCUCAGGUGGACGGGGCGCUGGACGUGGCUGCUGGGGCGCUGAAGGGUGCGUCCACGGUCUACAUGGGGCUGGAGGAGGCCGCCAAGACCCUCGUCACGUCCCUGGCAGACAACACCGUCAAGGUCGUCAAGCACAAGUACGGAGCAGAGGCUGGGGAGUUCACGGACAACGCCAUGUACGCCGUGGGGCAGUCGGCGAUGGCUGGCCAUAACAUCGCGUCGCUGGGGGUGAAGGGCGUUGCCAAGAAGGCGGCUAAGAGCACGGGCAAGGCUCUUGUCGAGUCGCACUAUGAGAAGAAAACUGGCAAGGAGCAGCAGCAGUUGUGUGGAGCUCAGGAGGAGGUCAUGGAAGGCACGGAGCUCGGCGAAGAGGCUCGGGAGGAUCAAGGUUUUGUUCUGGUCGAGAAAGCCCAGGAAGCCAAGGAGCGGCCUUAGAGGAUGGAUGGUCCUGGAUUAUAUGGACUAACGAAGCGGAAAACGCUGGUGAAGUUCUUAAUCUUCUCUCAAAUCAAAAAGGAUAUGUCUUGGGAAGGCCUUGGAAAAUCCUUUGAAAUGCCUAGAAACUUAUUAGAAAGAGGCCUUAAAUGUCGCAUAAUAUUGUACGACCAUAGAAUCAGUAAGUUUGCCAAAGAAUUUCCGAGGUAAAACCUCAAAUAGCGGUUGAGUUUAAAUCUUGUGGAAAUAUGUGGUAAUGUUGAACAGCGAGUCAGAUUAUAUCGCGCUGAGCUCAGGAGGGAAUAAAACAAGGGUCGUUACCUGCUGUGAUCGCUGCCCACCGGUAACCUGUCGGACUCGCUCCUUCAGCUUGCCAACGGCUAAUUCAUUCCUUUGCCCUAGAGGAUUAUUACAUGGGCUUAUUUCUGGGAAGAAUAUGAUUGUUAUUAAAUUCAAUAUGGUAUUUCAGUUUAUUCUUCUUGAUUGGCAGCCAUAUUUCUGUCUCUUAUGAGGUUUUGCGUACUAUUCCGUCCGAUUUAUGUUUGGAAUUCGCAGGAAUGUAAGUUAUGAUAAUGUGUUUUCAAAUUUUUGUUUCGUUUAUAACUCGUCACACUGUUACACAAUAUGUCAACAAAUAGUCUCUAAUCUAUAGGAAUUUAUAGAAAGCUUUAUUUAGGUUUACGCUGAACGCAUUAUUGCGAGUCUCGCUUCUAAGUAUUAUUCUUCACAAUGUAUUAACUAUGACGUGUUCACUCUCCUAUAUUACUUAUUCUACAAUAUGUUAGCAGCUUCAUUUUAAUAAUUUCAAAGGAUUGCUUUAAUGUUUGUUCAUAAGUUAUCGUAAUUUGUAAGGCUGUUUCUACAGAUUCAUUUGCUGCCAUAAAAUUUAAGGUAUUCAUCUAGCCCCAUGAUUUAUUACUCACAUCAUUCUAUGUUUCAUCAUUGUCAGGCUAUUUUCUGUUGGAAAUCCGUUCAUAAGGUACUAGGAUUUAUAAAUUCUCAGCCAUAUCACUUAAAUUAUAUUGAUGUUGGAGCAUUUAUAUUUUUUUACAUUUUUUCUGACCGUUUUCUAUUUGUUGUCGUUAAAACGAACCUGAAACAAUGGACAAUGGAAAAAAAAGAAACUUCGAACAAAUCUGUGUGUGCCUCGGUAAAUGACGUGAUUCUGGCGUUAAAAAUGACGUGAUUCUGGCGGUAAAGUUUAAUUUGUUUGUUACUGACGUUAUGAGCCUGAUGAAUAAAGCUGUCAUUCAUUGUCUUAGUGAUGCUAAAAAGAUGAAUAAUUUUGCAGCUGCAGUAAAGCCAUCAGUGUAGCUAGUUAUUUGUUAAAUGAGCCAUGUGAGGAUUGAGCUGAAGCUGUUUAUUAUCUUCAAUUACCUCAUCGAACAUCGCACCGAUUUUUCUAUUUAUUGAUUCUUAUAAAUUCUGAACUACCUAUUCAGAAUUUUUACGAAUCAAUAAAUGCGUGUACUAAAUUAUCACUAUUAAUGCACGCCAAUGGCGAAUGUUAUUGCAAUAUGAACGAAGGUAAAUGAAGUCAAACUACAUUUCUCGAUGAGAAAGAACAAUAUAGCUCAAUAAUUUAGACAUAAGAUGCCUGCCUUCCAGUAGCCAAAUUUGUCGCUUAUUUAGUGCCUAAGACUUCUGACUGAAACAUUAUAAGCUUCAUGAUAAA